AUGUUGAUGAAACGUUUCUUCACUUCGGCGGUUGCCAUGGCGGCGGUUGUUGCUGCCGUUCCUGUUGCCCGUCCGCUUGGGAAGCGAGAACCUGUUACGACUAUCACUCUGACAGCGGCCUCUACCUAUACCGCAACUAUCGCUCCUGCUACUCCUGUCACUCCUACAGGAACUGCAACUUACCCAGGAACUACAGCUCCUGUUCCUGAUAGCCCCAAGCCUCCUAAGAAUGGCAAGCCUGACGGUUCCUGUAGUUCUACAGGCACUUGCGGAUCUGGCAGCGGUAGCGGUUCGUCCGGUUCUAAGCUCCCCGGAGUCGCAUAUGCCCCCUACCGAGGCGAUCACCAGUGCAAAUCCAAGGAUGAGAUCCAGCACGACAUUACCCAGCUCGCGGCCGAUUUCUCAGUCCUUCGUAUCUAUGGCACCGACUGUGACCAGGUCACCAAUGUCUACUCAUGCGCCAAGGGUAGUGGCAUGAAGCUGUUCCUCGGUAUCUGGAACAUUGACGACGUUCAAACUGAGGCCAAGACCAUCAUCAGUGCAAUUGACGAUUGGGACGUCGUUGACACCAUCAGCGUUGGCAACGAACUUGUCAACAACGGAGCUGCCAGCCCAGCAAAGGUCAUCUCCGCUGUCAAGCAGGCUCGUGAGAUCCUUCGUGCCGCAGGCUACCAAGGUCCUGUUGUCACAGUUGAUACAUUUAUUGCUGCCAAUGCCAACCCUGAACUUUGCAACGAGAGUGAUUACUGUGCUAUCAACGCUCAUGCCUUCUUCGAUGCCAAUACUUCUGCUGACGAGGCCGGCCAGUGGCUCUCCAACACUGUUGAAGACCUUCGAUCCAAGAUUUCUGGUGACAAGCGCAUCGUCAUUUGCGAGACUGGUUGGCCUACCAAGGGCAACAGUAACGGCAAGGCUGUUCCCGGUAUGAGCCAACAGAAGGCAGCUCUUGACUCUAUCAAACAGGCAUUCUCCAGCCACAUGGGAGACCUGAUCCUCUUCUCUGCCUUCAACGAUCCCUGGAAGAAGGCCGAAGCCGCAACUUUCAUGGCCGAGCAAUGGUGGGGUAUUGAGGGCCAGGACUCAGUUUCCAACAAGGACCCGUCGUCUUCUAACUAG